GAGAGGGAGAGAGGGGGGUGACAACUAGCGAGGUUUGGGUGAGCAAGAAGUUUUACAAUCGGUAGAGCAGAGUAAGCUCUUUUUACUCAGUUAUGAUCAAGCAAUGAAAUUCCGGAAACUUAUGCUGACAGGAGAGGACGAAAACAAAGUUAAAGAAUAAUAGCAAUUAUUACGUUUGGUCUUUGGGAUUCUAUGUGGAUUUUACAGAAAAUAUGGGACAACUACCCGGUGUCUCUACGGGAAAAUUCAUCCUCCUAUUCGCAUACUGGAUUAAGCUUUCGGAGGCGCUGCAGUGUGCCGGUCCCCAGAAGCCCUGCGUGAACGGAAGCUGCGUCACCUACGGCAACGGCACGGGAUACUGCAAGUGCAGUCCUGGCUUCCUAGGGAUGUACUGUCACCACCCGGACCCCUGCACCCCGGGCUACUGUCUCAACGGGGGCACGUGCAGGGCGAGCGGGACGGGCGUGCCGAGCGUGCCCGUCUGCACCUGCCCCCUGGCCUUCACCGGGUCCGUCUGCCAGACGCUCCAGAACUCCCUGUGCCACCCCGCCAACCCGUGCCAGCACAACGGGUCCUGCACACUGCUCUCCCAGGAAAAGUACCAGUGCGACUGCCUUCAAGGGUGGACAGGCGAGCAGUGCCAGUGGAAGGACGGCUGUCUGUCCAGCCCCUGCCGCAACGGGGGCACCUGCGCCUCCAAGCCGGAGGGCGCGUUCACCUGCAGGUGCACCCCGGGGUACUACGGCCGCAGCUGCCAGAGGGACAAGAACGAGUGCACCCCCGGCUCGCCGUGCCAGAACGGCGGCACGUGCGUGAACACGCCGGGGUCCUACCGCUGCGACUGCCCGAGCCUCUUCACCGGGCCGCAGUGCCAGAGCCGCUACGUGCCCUGCUCCCCCUCCCCGUGCCUCAACGGGGGCACCUGCCACCCCACCUCCGCAACCAGCCACGAGUGCCUCUGCCUGCCAGGCUUCAAUGGGACAAAGUGUGAGAACAACGUGGACGACUGUCCUGGCCAUCGCUGUGACAACGGGGGCACCUGUCUGGACGGGGUCAAUACCUACAACUGCCAGUGUCCUCCAGAGUGGACGGGUACAUUCUGCACGGAGGACGUGGACGAGUGCCGGCUGCAGCCCAACGCCUGUCAGAACGGCGGCACCUGCAGCAACUCGCUGCGCGGCUACAACUGCGUCUGCGUCAACGGCUGGACGGGGCCCGACUGCUCGGAGAACAUCGACGACUGCCGCGAGGCGGCCUGUGGCGUGGGCUCCACCUGCCUCGACCGCGUGGCGUCCUUCCUCUGCCUGUGCCCCGUGGGCAAGACGGGGCUGCGCUGCAACGUGGACGACGCCUGCAUGAGCUCCCCGUGCAAGAACAACGCGCCGUGCGACCCCAACCCCAUCAGCGGCAUGUUCAACUGCAACUGCCUCCCCGGCUACAGGGGCAUCACCUGCGAGGAGGACGUGGACGAGUGCAAGAUGGCGUCGGACCUCUGUGAGCACCACGGGCAGUGCGUGAACACGGUGGGCUCCUUCACCUGCCGGUGCCCGCCCGGGUACGACGGGCCACGCUGCGAGCUGGACGUCAACGAGUGCACCUCCUCGCCCUGCCUGAACGGCGGCACCUGCCUGGACCAGAUCGGGGAGUACAUCUGCUUCUGCAUGCCAGGAUUCACGGGCGUGCACUGCGAGGAGGACAUAAACGAGUGCGACAGUCUGCCCUGCCUGAACGGGGGGCAGUGCCAGAACGACGUGAACAAGUUCACCUGCCGCUGCCAGCAAGGUUUUGGAGGGAAGAUGUGUGAGGUGGACAUCGAUGAGUGCGCCAGCACGCCCUGCCACAACGGAGCUCGGUGUGUGGACCUUCCCUCCAAAUACGAGUGUGAAUGUGCAGAAGGAUUCACGGGGACGCGGUGCGAGGAGAACGUGAACGACUGCGACCCGGAGCCGUGCCACCACGGCGUGUGCGAGGACGGCAUCGCCACCUACACCUGCCGCUGCCACCCGGGCUACACCGGGCCCAAGUGCGAGCACGUGGCCCGGAAGUGCGACAGCGGCCCCUGCCAGAACCGUGCCAGCUGCGUGGACACGGGCGGCCAGUACCGGUGCAACUGCCUGCCCGGCACCUCAGGUGUGAACUGUGAGAUAAACUCUGAUGACUGUGCCAGCAGCCCAUGCGAGUAUGGUGUGUGUCAGGACGGUAUCAACAAGUACACCUGUGUGUGCGAGCCAGGAUACACAGGCGAGAGGUGCAACGUGGAGAUCAACGAGUGCAACUCCAACCCCUGCCUCAACGGGGGCGUGUGCCAGGACGGGCCCAACGAGUUCCGCUGCGUGUGCCCGCCCGGCACCCACGAGCCCCUGUGCCACUCCGGGGCGGACCCGUGCGCCCCCGGGCCCUGCGCGCACGGGGCGUGUGUGGAGGAGCGGGACGGUGGGGCUGCUCUUGGCUCUCUCAGGUACCGCUGCGACUGCAGCCCGGGCUGGAAGGGACAGCACUGCGACCUGGAGCAGGACGAGUGCCGGUCCGACCCCUGCCAGCACGGCGGCCAGUGCCAGGAUCGCACCGACGGCUACGCCUGCACGUGCGCCCAAGGAUUUGCAGGAGAGAACUGUGAGAUCAACAUCGACGAGUGCAAAUCCAACCCCUGUCUAAACCAAGGAGCCUGUGUGGACAGAGUCAACGGCUACAGCUGCAACUGCACCCUGCCCUACAAAGGGACACACUGUGAGGAGCAGCUGGUCCCCUGCGCUACACAUCCGUGUGAACAUGGAGGCACGUGUCACCCCUCUCCUGACUACUCCUCUUACAGCUGCCAGUGUGCCACGGGAUGGCAAGGUCCACGGUGUGCUCAGGAUGUAGAUGAGUGCAGUACCAGUCCCUGCCAGAAUGGGGCGCACUGCGUCAACAGACAUGGUGGCUACCAGUGCCAGUGUCGGCCUGGAUACUCCGGGGUCAACUGUGAGACCAAUGUUGAUGACUGCACUCCCAACCUCUGCCUGAACGGAGGCAGCUGCGUGGACCGCGUGGCGGGGUUCGUGUGCGCCUGCCGGCCCGGGUUCGAGGGGACUCGCUGCGAGACGGAGGUGGACGAGUGCGCGAGCCAGCCCUGCCGGAACGGGGGCCGGUGCCACGACUUCGUCAACAGCUUCGUGUGCCAGUGCGAGCCGGGCUUCGACGGCGUCCGCUGCGAACGCAACGUCCCGGAGUGCACCGAGAGCUCCUGCCUGAACAACGGCACCUGCGUGGACGGGAUUAAGAGCUACACCUGCCGCUGCAGGCUCGGCUUCACCGGGAAGUACUGCCAGCACGAGAUCAACGAGUGCGAUCAGCUGCAGCCCUGCCUGAACGGGGGCGUCUGCACCGACGGCCUGGACUCCUACCGCUGCUCCUGCCCCGCGGAGUACACCGGGGAGAACUGCCAGCACCCUCUUAACCUGUGCAGUCAGAAUCCCUGUCUGAACAGUGGGACCUGUGUACAUAAUGGGGGAUCUAGGGAGUGCCAGUGUGCUGUGGGCUGGACUGGGCUGUACUGCGACAUCCCCAAUGUGUCCUGCCAGGCCAUAGCUGGCAGCAAGGGUGUACCGGUGGACAGGGUGUGCCAGCACGGCGGGCGCUGCCAGGACGAGGGGCGCACUCACCGCUGCGAGUGCCAGCCCGGCUACACCGGCAGCUACUGCCAGGUGGAGGUGGACGAGUGCCAGUCCAACCCCUGCAAGAACGGCGGCACCUGUGUGGACUACCUGGGGAUGUACGAGUGCCAGUGUAAAGAUGGGUACCAGGGGGUGAACUGCCAGUACGAUGUGGAUGAGUGCCAGUCCCACCCCUGCCUGCACGGGGGCACCUGCUUGAACCUGGCCAACCGCUUCUACUGCACCUGUCCUCCAGGGACACAAGGUCUGCGGUGUGAGGUGGACGUUGACGAGUGCGACCCGGCUGUGGCCCCCGAGGGCCCGCGCUGUCUGCACGGCGGGCGGUGUGUGGACGGCCUGGGCCGCUUCACCUGCCUCUGCCCGCCCGGCUUCACGGGCCAGUACUGCGAGGGCGACAUCAACGAGUGCCUGUCCGCACCCUGCCACGCCCCCGGCACCCUGGACUGCGUGCAGCUGCCCAACAACUACGAGUGCCGCUGUCGCCUAGGUUACACAGGACGGCACUGCGAGCUCAUGCUGGACCUGUGUCGCUCCAGCCCGUGUCACAAUGGGGGCGUGUGCUCGGUGAACAGCAGCUCGGCGCACGGCUACAGCUGCGACUGCAAGCCGGGCUACCUGCUCUGCCAGAACGGCGGCACCUGCCUGCCGGACCCCCGCGGCCCCGCCCACUACACCUGCCGGUGCCCCGCCCCCUUCUCGGGCAAGCGGUGCGAGCUGGCGUCGUCGUCGGCCUGCUCGGACCCGGAGUGCGCCCAGCGGUUGGGGGACGGCGUGUGCGACGUGCAGUGCAACCGGCGCGAGUGCGAGUGGGACGGCGGCGACUGCUCCCUGCACCGCCUCGACCCCUGGGCCCGCUGCUCCGCCCCCGUGCCCUGCUGGGAGCUCUUCCGCAACGGCCGCUGCGACCGCCAGUGCGACAACCCCGGCUGCCUCUUCGACAGCUUCGAGUGCCAGACCGCCAGCAUCCCCUGCAGGUACAACGACUACUGCGCCGACCACUACGGCAACGGUCACUGCGACCGCAGCUGCAACACGGAGGCGUGCGGCUGGGACGGGCUGGACUGCGCCGGCGGGGAGGCGGAGCGCGUGGCGGACGGCGAGCUGGUGCUGGUGGUGCGGCUGCAGCCGGACGAGCUGCGCAAGGACCUGCAGGCCUUCCUGCGCUCGCUGAGCAUGCUGCUGCGCACCAACCUGCGCUGCAAGACCAUCGUGCCCUACUACGGCCCCGAGGGGCCGGGGGAGGGGCCGGGGCGCGGGGAGGGGCCCAGGCGGGGCCAGGGCGCGGGGGCCGCGCCGCUCCAGCAGAGGGGAAAACGGGAGCAGGGGGAGGAGGUGAUCGGGUCCAAAGUGUACCUGGAGAUUGACAACCGGCAGUGUGCGCAGACUGGUAAGGAGUGCUUCUCCAGCACCGAGCAGGCGGCCUCCUACAUCGCUGCCCAGCACAUCAAAACCCCGCUGUCCUACCCCCUGGUCUCUGUCACAAGCAUUCCUGGGGAGGAGAAGCCAUCGUUCCUGAUGUACGUUAUUGGCGCCGUCGUGGUCGUCAUGCUACUGCUCUUUCUGCUGCUGGGCGUGCUGGCCGUCAAACGCAAGCGCAAGAGCGCCCCCCUGUGGCUGCCCGAGGGAUUCUUCCUCCGGGACCGCAAACGCAGUGAGCCCCUGGGCCAGGAUGACUUCGCCUUGAAGAGCGUUGUCAAGUCGAAGGAUGGUUUGGUGGACUGCAGCCAGAGCCAGCACUGGCCCGAGGAGAGCUGCCAGCCCAAGAAAAUGAAGAUGGAGGACAACCCCCUGCUGCCCGCCGGCGUGGACGGAGGAGAGGUGGACCGGAGGGAGUGGACCCUGCAGCACCGCAAAGCGGCCGACAUCCCCCUGACCCCGCCCCAGUCCCAGCUCGACUCCGACUGCCUGGACAUCGACGCCAAGGGGCCAGACGGAUUUACACCCCUGAUGCUGGCCUCGCUGAGGGGCGGCGGAGCCCAGGAGUGCUGUGGCCUGCUGGGAGAGGAGGAGGAGGACAGCGGGGGGGAAGAGCCGGGGCCCUCCGUCAUCACCGACCUGAUCACCGGGGGGGCGUCGCUCGUGGCCCAGACGGACCGCACCGGAGAGACCGCCCUGCACCUGGCCGCCCGCUACUCCCGCGCCGACGCCGCCAAGAGGCUGCUGGACGCCGGCGCCGACGCCAACGCGCAUGACAACAUGGGCCGCACCCCCCUGCAUGCCGCCGUGGCGGCCGACGCCCAGGGAGUCUUCCAGAUCCUCCUGCGGAACCGUGCGACGGAGCUGGACGCUCGGAUGAACGACGGCACUACGCCGCUGAUCCUGGCCGCCCGCCUGGCGGUGGAGGACAUGGUGGAGGAGCUGGUGCACUGCCACGCCGACAUCAACGCUGUGGACGACCACGGCAAGUCAGCCCUGCACUGGGCAGCGGCCGUCAACAACAUAGAGGCAACCCUGGUGCUGCUUAAGAACGGAGCCAACAGGGACAUGCAGGACAACAAGGAGGAGACGCCCCUGUUCCUGGCCGCCCGGGAGGGCAGCUUCAAGGCGGCGCAGAUCCUGCUGGACCACUUCGCCAACCGUGACAUCACGGACCACAUGGACCGGCUGCCGCGCGACUCGGCGCUGGAGCGCAUGCACCACGACAUCGUGCGCCUCCUGGACCAGUACAACCUGAUCCACAGCCCGCACGCCGGGCACCUGGGCGGGGCCUCCGGGCACCCCGCCCUGGCGUGCGGCGGAGGCGGAGCCUUCCCGGGGUCCCACCCCCAGGGGAAGAAGAGCAGGCGCGGGGGCGCCAAAGCGGGGGGCGGGACCGCGAGGGAGCUGAAGGACAUGAAGGCCAGGCGGAGGAAGAAGCCUGCCGGAGGGGAGGGGCCGGUCGCCGGGGGUGAUGGCGAGGGGGGAGUCGACGACAAGGCCACCAAGGGCGGGGGGCUGUCGGAGAGUUCGGUCACGCUGUCUCCCGUCGACUCCCUGGAGUCUCCCCAUGCAAACGGAGGAGAGGGUGUCGGCACCGGUGGUGCUAACACGGCCACCUCGCCCUCAAUGGUAGGCAACCAGCCUGCCCGGGGGCCACUCCUACCACCUGUCAAUCACAUGCUGGGGCAGCAGCAGCAGCAGCAGCAGCAGCAGCAGGGCUGGGCGGAGCUCCCCCAGCACAGCUACAUGGGCCGGGGGUUCGGGCUCCUGCCGCACCAGCUGGGCAUGCUGCACCCCGGGCUUCAGCAGAGGCGCCAGCCCUGCCCCCCCGGCCCCAUGAGCCAUGAGCAGCUCCCCCCCGUCGUCACCUUCCAGAUGAUGGCUCCGCCCACGCAGGACCAGGGCCCUUCCCACUCGCUCCGCCCCCAGGGCCUGAUGUACCCGCCGCCCAAAAUGGGCCUCCCCCACUCCCUGUCCCACCCCCAUCCCUACCUGCACGCCCACUCCCUCCCCCACGCCCACAGGCCGGCCGACGCCCAGUGCCGCCAGCUCCCCGCCUACCAGCAGAGCCCCGUGGAUAAGUACCCCACCCCUCCCUCCCAGCACAGCUACACCCCGGCCGGGUCGGAGGGCGCCACCCCCGGCCACCCGCCGCACCCGCCCGGCGAGAACCCUUACCUCACCCCCUCCCCGGAGUCCCCCGACCCCUGGUCUUCGUCCUCCCCCCACUCCAACUCAGACUGGUCUGACGUCACCACCAGCCCCACCCCCCUGGGGAACGUCCGCGCCCCGGCCCCCGCCCGACGCACGCACCUCCCCGAGCAGCAGGCCCCGCUGGAGGAGCAGAAGGCGCAGAGCCUGCACGGUGGCAUGCAGGCGUACGCCUAGAGACACCCCGCCCGGACUCCCCCCGUCCCUCGCUCCAACUACACCCGGCCCACACUAUCCCCUGCCCCCCCCCCCCCCGCCCAGGGCACGAACAGAACUCCCUCCCGCCCACUCUUCACAUUCAGCACCUGCUAUUCACAAAUACAGAUCACCGUCACGCUAAAUAUUACCCCCAUGCAUGGCUCCAAAAAAUAUAUGCUAUGUAUACAUAUAUCAAACCAUAAAUCACUAAGUCCGCUGGUUGGUUUCUCAGCUUUUUAUAUAUUUUUUGCAAAUGUUCUCUAUAGAUGGGGUUGGGGCUUGUCGGAACAUGUUUUUAUAUUGUGUGUCUAAAAAGUAAGGAGGGUCUUGUCCUUUGAGGAACCUAAAAAGGAGCGGAGAGACAUGGACAGAAUGGACACCGGACCGAGCAGGCUAGACAGCUCCCAGCGGUACCCAUUCUGGGUGGCUCCUUUCUCCAACUUGUUUCCUUUUCUGUCACUCGGUCAGGGGAAUAUGCUUGUAAUAUUGACUCUUCAGUAUUUGUUCUGUUGUGGCUCAGGCCUGUUUUUGGGGAAAGCUGUUCUCAUGAUGAAGCCAAAAAACUUAUUUCAGUUUUUGUUACUUGUGGAGUGCUGGUGACUGGUAUGGUUUAGGAAGCUGGCGUUUGUGGAUUACGUGUUACACACAGGUGACUUACAGAAGCACAUACCUACUUCCCUUGUCACGAUUCAAAGGUUAAUUGUGGUUAACCCCAUGGGUCACCUGAAACAUUGCAGCUUGCUCUGUUUAAGCCAGUGAACCAGAGCAUGUUGGGCCUUGGUGUUCUGAUGGUCUACAAUGGUCCCAAAAUGUCAAAGAUGGAGACUCAAGUAAUACACCGAACAACUCAUCCUCCACUUCAGAUCAGAAUUACCCCUGCCUCCCCUCCCACAGAUUCCAUCAGUCACCACAAACUUUUUGUGCCAUUCUGAAAAAUGUUUAAAGCACUGUCAGCUCUUCUGAUGGAACCUUUCAAUAUGUGCACUACAUCCUACAGGACUACUUCUGCAAUCAUGCAUUUCCAGGUUUGUACGAUGGCCAUUUUUGCUUGAGAGCUGGGGGCCAAUAAAUGCUAUAAAAAUUGUCCAGAUGUCAGUGUUACAUUAAAGUGCACCUAGAGUAGUCGUCUGAAAGAGAAACUCAAGGGAAAGUGUGGUUUGAUAUGCCAAAAAUGAUCAGCCACCCUUGUCCAGAGUACAUAGUUUGCAUUUUAUUUUAUGUGCCAAUCAAACCCUUUUCCUGGGUUUUCGAUGAAAGUAUUGUACGUUUUCAGUAAAAAUAAACAAAAAAGUGUAUGUGUGUUAAUAUUGUCAUGUAUGGAUUUUUUUUUUUUUUCAGAGAAGGCCCUUAAUACAGGUGCCUAUUCAGUGAAUGUUUUUGUGCUUUUGUGUUUUGUUUCAGGGUUCUUUUCGAACCAAAAAAGUAACCCUCACAAAUUUGGAAGAGGGGGUAGCUCCUAUAUAUAUGGUACGAUGAGCAACCAUGAUUUUUUUCUGAAUAUGGCACUGUUUAUCACAGAUAAGAUCUGUAAAUGUAUAGUCUUGGUAGAGGUUAAUCACCACCAUUAAUAUUGUUGUCACUUUUUUUCUUUAAGUGGGACAGCAUUGCUUUUUGUUACAUAUUUCAUCAGUGUGACUGGUUCGGUGUCUGUGCUUUACAUUUCUGUAAACUGCAGCAUGCUUUAUAUUGUAUUUUAUCACAUUUGCUACAUUUUUGUGCUCAAGUCUUAACUGCUUUUUUUUAAUAUAAAACCAGGUCUGAACAUGUUGUGUUUUUUUUAAAUAUAAUCUAAAUAUGAGAGUAACCAUUUGUGCCAGCUUCCUGCUGAGAUUUCAUCUCUUGAAAAGCGUGUACAACGGAAAGUAAACUGAGCAGGAAGUAAUAUAGGCCAGCUGUGGGCUAUGACGCCUAAGGCUGCGACUAGCCUACUUGAGCGCUCUGAUUGUGCCGAGUUCAGCGACGAGUUCGGUGAAUUUCUUGGGAAUUGCAGGGAAAUAACGGUUGUCGUAUUUGGCUCAGUUCUGCAAAUACUUACAAGAAAUAGAUUAAUCAUUUUUUAAUGCACACAACCUACAUCCCUUGGCUAUGAUUACCCACCACAAUGUAAUUUAUGGAACAUACCGUUCACUAGCAGUCUGACCGAAAGUACAGUAUCAGGAGUGAAAUGUUACAUUUAACCCCGUAGGUGGGCUAAAAACUCGCCGGGGUUACACCUUACAGUUUGAAUAGCUUAACACAAAGUAAGGUAAUUCAAUAAAAUUCCAUGUUAUAUGAUACAAACAGUCUUUAAUCAUUAAAAAAAUCAUUUAUAUGUUUUUCAUGGCCUACCUAUAUCGUUCCCAAGACUGUAGGCCUAGCCUACGUUAUUUUCGGGUUCCCGUCUGUUUUUUCGAUCCAAACAGCUGUAUCAGUCGAUGUCACAUGUCAACAUGUAGCCUAAAGUUAGUCAAGAUGAAUAUAUAUACGAAGAUCAGGUCUGAGUUGAACAAAUCCAAUCAAUUGGUUAAUCAAUAGUCCACUGACCACACAGACUUUUGGAAAUAUCGCCCGAAAUAUUUCAGCUAUGGAAAUCUUCCGCCGUUCGUUGGACGCAAAGAGAAGGUAAUUCUGCGCGUUUAACCAGAAAUAUGUCGUUCAAGCUGCAUCCACCUUAAAAGUCUUAGCCUACAUUUUGCCCCUCGUUACGUUUGGCCCCGCUCUCCCCUACACGUGUCCAUGUAAUUAAGUGUGCCUAUAAUGGCAUGAGAGCCGUCAGAAUUGCAGCAUUACUUUAGACGCGGACAGUCCGUUAUGGAAAGUACUGGAUAGCAAUCCGUCCAGUUUGCGUCAUGGUUUGGAGGAUCUUGUUGCGGAACGCUCAAUGAAGCAUGGAAGUUUUUGAUUAGCAGAUAUUUGAAUUGUUCUAUGGCCUUCCCGUGUCGUUGUUGGCUAAUAAAAGAUUAUCCAAAUGUGA